GCUGAGCGUCGAUGUCGAUUUCUACUCGUGUGUUCGGUUUGGCUGUUCCGUCUCGCUUGACUCUAGAUCAGAACGUCGCGUCCAGUCGAGAAGAGCGAAUGUGUUUUUUCCGUUGUUUGUCAUCGCCGCCGUUAAUCGUCUUCGUCUUCAUCCGCCGCCGUUUUUUCCCAACAUAAUCUAGAAAAAAGUGCAUUCUGUGUCCUCCCCAGGCUGAGGAAGUGUAGCGAAAGGUGUUCAAAGUAGUGGCUCGAAGGAGCCUAUUUUAGUUUCCUUUCCCUCACUUGGUUGUGCAGUUUUGUUUGCGGAGAUCUAGAAGCAAGACGCGUCCGUCGUCGAGAUCGCAGGAAGCCUUGAAAGUGCCGAAGAAAAAGCCAAGAGGAAGAAAAUUUUGUUCUCCGUGUCGAAGGAGUUCCUUGGUUCUGUGAUUUUACGUUACGUUUUUGGUUUUAUACUGGUGCAUGGACAUUCUCAGUUUUAAGGAUACCUACAAAAGAUUAUUCGCGUUCAUUUUGUGAUCAAGGUAAUUGGGAUUUCCACAGCCCGAGAGAGAUACGUAUAAAGCAGGCUCUAAUUUUCUGUGUUGUGUUGCCUGGAAGCAGCGGAAACAGAAACAAAACGAAACUACCAAACAAAAGUCGUUCUCUGAAGAAACCUGAAGAGCAGGAAAACGGAAAAGAAUAAUCGAUUACAAAACAACAUUUGCGGAUUGGAUCGCUCUCGUGGAAGAUAAUCUCGCUGGAAUUGCAAACCGAAACGGCAGAACCUUACUAGCGCGAGUAUACGCAACACAUACCUAGAUCGUACCAACAGUUCGUUCCCUAGUGUAUUUUGGUAGUGAGUUUGAAAACUGCAAGUAGUGUGGAAUCCAAAACAAAGCAUACUGUAGUGUGGAAAUCUGGUAUCCAGUAUUUAUACAUAUAGAAAAAGGCAAAAGGAUUUGUUUAGCGCAUCCCCAGUAGUAAAAAAAAACAAGAAAGCAUCAACAAAAUUAGAAAAACCGAAAACAAAAACAAACACCUUCACACAGUAGAAAAAUAGGAAAAAAUGCUGUUUGAAAAUCCUGUGGCGGCUGCAAAAAUGUUCCCAUACAGUGUGCCUCCGCCGAUUCAAGGUGCAGCUGCGGUCCCGGUGCAAAAUUUAAGAUUGCAUGGAACUACUUUUAGUGCCGGAACCUUGGACACAACCGGAUUGCUUGAGCAUGACCUACACAGCGCUUUGGUGCCAAUCAAAACAGCAAACCUUCUCACACCACAGGCCGCCGCCGCAGCCGUCGUUGCCCAGCAGAACAGAGAUCAACAACAACAACAGCAGCAGCAACAGUUACAACAACAACAGCAACUCCAGCAGCAACAGCAACAACAACAGCAGCAGCAGGUGCAACAGCAAGAACAGAAACAACUCCAAUCAAAUUGCCAACUAUCGCUUGUCAGUAAUGCUGCCACCAACACCUCCAAAGCUGGUUCCACCAAUGGAAGCUCGUCGGGGCGAUCAACACCAAACAGUAGCAGCGAUCCAGCGCCAGGAAAGCUAUUCGUUGGCGGACUCAGUUGGCAGACGUCGUCAGAGAAGCUCAGUGAGUACUUCGGCAUGUUCGGUAAAGUAACAGAUGUGCUGAUCAUGAAGGAUCCCAUCACUCAGCGGAGUCGGGGAUUUGGAUUCAUCACAUUCCAGGAACCAAAUAGCGUAGACAAAGUUCUCAAAGUGCCAAUCCACACUUUGGAUGGAAAGAAAAUCGAUCCCAAGCACGCCACGCCGAAAAACCGCCCGAAAACUCAAUCGAACAAAACGAAGAAGAUUUUCGUGGGAGGCGUCUCGCAGGAUACAUCGGCCGAAGAGGUCAGACAGUAUUUCAGCCAGUUCGGCAAGGUCGACGAAACGGUCAUGCUGAUGGAUCAGCAGACGAAACGUCAUCGCGGUUUCGGGUUCGUGACGUUCGAGAACGAGGACGUGGUGGAUCGGGUGUGCGAGAUCCACUUCCACACGAUCAAGAACAAAAAGGUCGAAUGCAAGAAGGCUCAACCGAAGGAAGCCGUAACGCCCACUGCCCAGCAGCUGCUGCAGAAGCGAAUCAUUUUGGGAAACCUGGGACUGCCAAUUGCGACACCAACCGCAGCACGUUUGGUUGGGGCCGCCCAGGCCGCUGCUCAAGCCUCGCCGCUGGUCAGCCAGCUGGCCAACCCACUGAUGGUACAGGCACAGGCGCAAGCCGCUCAAGCAGCCGCCGCUGCCGCUGCAAUGCAGGUGCAGAACGGCUUCGGCAAGAUGUUCACCACAUAUCCUCCCACGUUGCAUAGUUUCAGAUAUUCGCCAUAUCCAAUGCCCUCAGCUGCCGCCGCCCACGCAGCAAACGCAGCCGCCGCAAAUGCAUCUAAUCAUCAGCUGACCACCGCCGCCGUGAACGCCCAGGCUGCCGCCGCGGCCGCUGCAAGCCAACAGCACCAGCAUCAGCAUGCCACCCAGAUGACGGGUCACAGUGCUCAGCCGGCAACGCCAGCCCAGCAGCAACCAGCCAACCCUGCAGCAACCCACCAGCUCAUGCCAGCCCACCAGCUUGCCGCCGCGACCGCUGGCAAUCCCUACCAGGGUUACAGUCUAGCCAAUGUCGAUAUGUCCAGCUUCCAGGGCGUCGAUUGGGGUUCGAUGUACGGCAUGGGAAUAAUUUUCCCCGAAGCGCACUGUUGAAAGCGGAGAGAGCAUAAUUUGGUUGCAGCAGGCAGCAUCAGUAUGAGUACACUAGCAGCAACAUGGCCAGCAUGAGUGUGAUAAAUGGCGCGUAAGUGUGAUAUAACGAUCCCUGCCCGAGUGGCCGAGUGGGGGUGCCAAAAAAGAAGGAGAUUAAUCCCAAAUACACAUCUCGGCUUGCGCUGAGAGGGGUCCCUUAGUGUUUCUUGAAUCGCUACAUGAUGGAUUAGAGGAGGGAUCUCUGCGUCAAGCAUGGGAUUUGCGUUUUAGUUCUUUAGAAAACCUUUUGUGUACAAGACUGCCUUUUUUAGUGUGUAUGUAUGUUCUUUUAAACGUUAUCGAUUUAAGUUGAAGUAGAAUGUAUGUUUUAAGUGAUAUUUUAGUUGGGUAACUUUGAACUUACUUUAAUUACGGUUUAGUUCGAACGAGGCGUAGUUUUAUGUUGUAUCGCUAAUUUGUAGAUCAGUGUAUCUUAUUUUAAUUUGAGCGCGUUUGCGUCCGUCAAACAGUAUUCAUUAGAGUUAAAAUGUUGUCUCGAGCGAUUAUCAGAUUUUUAAUUUGCACGUUUAAUCUUUAAAUUUGGUCGUGUAAACGAAAGACAAGUCGCAAAAGACGAAAAAGACCGAGAGUGUGAUUUCGAGGUGGUACACAUGUGGGUCUAAUGAUGAUUGCUUUGAGUUGUGCUUUACUUAUUGUGUUUUUCAGAUCAUUUGUUACUCGUUUAGGAAAUCAUUAAGAGGCAUAAUGUGUUUUAUUUUUUUUCUAAUCUGUAGAAAAUAUGCGUUAAAAAUUUCAAAAUACUUGUCCUUUGUACUACGAUAUGAUUUGGCCAUUGUUUGUAAGCGAAAUCCAUUGAUAUAAUUGAAUGGAAACAUUUAACUAAUUUUUAUGUUUUAUUUUUUAUGUAAUGCGUAGAACCAUUAUUAUUCCACGUUACACAGAAAAAAACGAAAACCAAGAGAACUUGCCUGACGGCGUAAUUUCAGCUGUGUAUCUUUUUAAUCAUCAAAUUUUAAAUCGAAGUCACACAAACAUGAGCAUCUACGCUUCUCAAGAAAUAUGGCUAUUCUAGAGCGAAAAUUACUAUAUUAUGUAAUUCUUACAAAUCUGAAAAACCACAGAUUUUGGAUGUUCCCGAAAUUUAAUUUAGCAGUUCUUUUGAGAAAAUGAUGGUUGAAUUCUUGACGCCAUCUAUGUCUAGACUAACACGUGAAAAGGGUGGACCAAUUUUUGGGAACCGAAGCUUCUCUCUUCUACCGUUUUGAUUCAUAUUACGGACACUUAAGGCCUCAGUGAAUU